AAGCAAUAUUUCCCUCAGCUCAGCUGCUGCGUCGGACUCUGUGGGCCCGGGACCCGCUCGCCAUUUUAACCAGCCAUUUGGGGAAUAUAACACACACACACACACACACAGACACAGUCUUCACGGCGACACAGAUCUCCAUGACGAUGGAAACGGAGGUGAUGCAUCCCAGUCAACAGGACAUGGACCUGAUCGACAUACUGUGGAAGCAGGACAUUGAUCUCGGAGCCCAGCGAGAGGUGUUUGACUACAACCACCGGCAGAAGGAGCAUGAGCUGCAGCGGCAGCGGAAGCUGCAGGAAGAGAAGAGGCUGCAUCUGCUCCGGGAGCAGGAGAAGGCCCUGCUUGCACAGCUACAGCUCGACGAGGAGACGGGAGAGUACAUACCCCGCCCGCCGCCCAGCAGCGCCCCACUGCAGUCGACUGUCACACCUUUGGAGGUUACACAGAAUGUCAGCUUCACGGAGGAGAAUGGUGAUGCCCUGUCAUUUGAUGAAUGUUUACAGCUGCUGGCAGAGACAUUUCCUGUAGAGGAAACUGAGAACACUUCAGUUUGCCUGGACACUGCUGCUGUUUCAGUGGCCAGCAGCGGCAACAUGAUGAUGCCCCCUGAGCGGCCACCGCUGCCACCAGCCGCCAUCUCGCCAGGUCCACUGCCGCCGACGCUGCCGCCACAGAGGAUGUCCCCAGAUUUGGAGCAGGCCUGGAUGGAGCUUUUGUCCCUCCCAGAGCUGCAGCAAUGCCUGAGCAUGCAAAUGGAGGACACACUGGAGACAACCACUUAUUCUCUUCCAAACACCCCUAAAGUACAGAAUGCAAACUUCACUGUCUACCCCAUGACCAAUCUCAAAGAGGGGGAAACAAACAGCUUAAAUGUUUGUCCUGCAGAGCUUAUCAAUACAUUUGAUGGCUCUGUUUCCAGUAUGGCGUCACCGGACAAUCUCAGCCAAAUGGAGGUGAAAGCUCCACAGUUAAACACUAACUUUGGUGUAGAAAGUUUCUGUGACAUGUUUUACCCCGACACCAUUCUGGAAGAAACCAGUGGUCAGCAUGGCCUUGAAGGAAAUCUAAGUACAACCAUGUCUGACGUUACAAACAAGCCUUCCUUCACACCCAUGGACCUUUACAGCCUCUCACCCGGAGAGGCAUUUGACAGAGGCAAACAAAAUCUAACGGCUGAAGUGCCAGACUCAGAUUCAGGAAUCUCCUCAUACACAAGUCCGAAUGCUUGUUCACCGGCAAAAUCUGCAUAUGGAGACGGGUCCUAUGGAUACAGUGAUUCUGACAUGGACGAGAUGGACCAGAGCCCUGGAAGCGCAGAGUCCGACUACUCAGAGAUGUUCUCACUAAAUUACCAGCCGGAUGAUCUUCAGACCACAGAUUCUGCAUCCGCAAUAGGGCAGCCGCACCAGCAGCAUGUGAAGAAACCCAAACAUUACAAGACAGACCUUGCAGAGGAGAGUGGCCACAACAACGCUCCCUUCACCAAAGACAAGCUAAAGAGGCGCUCGGACGUGCGUCUCCCCAGAGACGAGCAGAGGGCCAAGGCUCUCAAAAUUCCUUUAAGUGUUGACAUGAUUAUCAAUCUGCCCGUUGACGACUUCAACGAGGUUAUGUCAAAGCACCAACUGACCGAGGCCCAGCUGGCCCUGGUCCGAGACAUACGCCGCCGCGGCAAGAACAAAGUGGCUGCCCAGAACUGCCGCAAACGCAAGAUGCAGAACAUAGUGGGUCUGGAGGGCGAGCUGGACUCCCUGAAGGAUGAGAAAGAGCGUCUGCUGAGCGAAAAGAGCCAGAACAUCACAAACCUGAAGGAAAUGAAGCAGCAACUCAACAGCUUGUACCUGGAGGUCUUCAGCAGGUUGAGAGACGAGAAGGGGAACUCCUUCUCUCCAUCCGACUACUCCCUCCAGCAGUCAACCGAGGGCAGCAUCUUCCUCGUCCCUCGCAUCAAAAAGACUUUAAUCAAGCGCGAAGAAAACCACUUAUCUCCCAUGUAACAUGGUACUGCAGUGACAUCGUAAUACUAUGCAAUAACCUUGUAGUCGCUCAGCUUGUAAGCAUUAGCAGCUCAGCAGAACGACUGUAUAGUUUUCGUUUACUCUCCUCGAAUGUGUAAUAUUUUUGAUAUUUUACUUUUUUACUCUGAUACUCUCAGAUUCUUUAACCAAUAUCGUUUGUAAAUAUAAACAUUACUUGCAUUUCAGAAUGACAAACUGUUACGUGGUAUGUGUGUGUAUAUAUAUUGUAUAUAUCAUAUUCCUGUACGCUAAUGAUUAUUUCAAUCAUUGCUACUUAUAUUUUAUAACUUUCUCUUCAUGAUUUGCUGCCCAGGGUUUAAGAAAAAAAUAAAAAUAAUUCUGUGCUUUUCAAUAAACUAUUCUAUAGCUU